ACGUAUCAUAACUCCUCUCCCUCCUUUUUCUGAAGAGCUUUGCUCUCUGGCAUGGCUAAUCUGAGGAAUAUCCAGGCGGAGAUCGACGCCGUGAACGCUGAGAUAAAGGGACUUGGGAGCAAGGAGGAACGUCUCGAAGCAGCCCUGGAAGGAAACGGGUCCUAUCUUGGCACCACCGAUCAUGGCGAGCUCAGGAGCUUCCACGAACGGCUGACGAAGGAAAAGGAACAGCUCCGGAUGAACGGCGAACAGCUUCGAGAGAAGCAACUCGUUAUCCUCCGCCAGCAGCAAACGGCGGCGCACAGCAGCCAGAAGCUCGGAGCAGCAUCAGGCGGAAGCUCUCAAACUUCGCCGAGGUCUACGGGGCGGGCGUGUGUCUCGUCGGCUGCCGACUCGGUCAAGGAAGGAGGGGCGGGCAGCUCAGCGAGGUCUAGCAGCGCAGCAGACGCCGGCGCUUUGGCCUCCCAAGCCGCUGUCGGAGAAGACACAACCGAUUCAGUUGCAGAUGAAGAUGAGAACGAAAUCAGCUUUUCCAUCAAAACGCUAACCGGAAAACAACACACCAUCAGAGCGUUUCCCAGCGAAACAGUGCUGGACGUCAAGAAGAAGGUUCAAGACACACAGGGCAUCCCUUGCGAACAACAGCGCAUCAUCUACGCAGGCCAACAGACGAGCGAUGACCGGACCCUGCGUGACUGCAACAUUCGAAACGGGUCCGUGGCUCAUUUGGUUUUGAGUCUGAGGAAGCCCGUGAUCCUCCUGUACCCGCCAGCCCCCGUCGAUAUCACGGUAGCGGUCGAGCUGAGCCCGCUCUGGAGCUUCUCUUCGCUGUACCCGAAGCUCCAGCCCAGAAACUUGAAGCAGCUAGCCGCAGACUAUGAGGCUGGUUCCCAGGCUAACGUGGCUGGUGGCCAGCAGUGCAAAUGGAACGUCCACGCCAGUCCCGGCGGGUCUCUCAAAGACCUGAGCACCGGCAGGGAGUACCCGUAUCUGUUCUGGGAAGCAGACUCUUCCGACGGCCGGGUUACGCGGAGCUUUGGACUGGACGGCUCGAGGUCAUUCUGUGUGGCAGGCGAAGCCGCAGGCGUGUUCCUUGAUGUCGCCCUGGAACGCCUCGGGCUCAACGUACGGGAGCGCUGCGACAUGGUCACGUGCUGGCUGCCGCAGCUGGAGUCGUCCCGCUUCAACGUGAUCUACUUCGUGGAGGUUGAGCGGUACGAGCAAGCAGCCCGCCUGACCAUCGUGCCUACUCCGGAUGUCACGAUCCGCGUCUUCAUGGCCUUCAGAGGCGCCCAUGCGUACGACGCGGAGCUGGACACUGCCAAGAUUGAAGAGCUACGAUCGCCUGCCCGGGAGGGAUUCGUGGCAGUAGAGUGGGGGGGCAUGAACCUAAACGGAGUUUCGCACGACUAACCGAUCCAACGAGAUGACGUUCUCUGGACUGCCUUCGAUUGACGAUAGGGUACUAACCAGAGCGUCCGGCGUCACGAAGGGAAACGAUGGCACAUAUUAGUCUUUGCUGCCGAGUAGGGUCGCUCGUCCACAGGUUGGCGUUGUCGUUGAGUCGUCUGAGACGGGACUUCAUCGAAGUUGAGGAGCUUGGGAUGAUGCGGGGCCCUCCCCGCGGGAGUGUGCUUGCAGUGAGGAGAGACGGAACCGACUCGCUACGCUGUGCUCAUGUGUAGAAGAGCAAGGUGGUUCCAAUCACGGUGGCAUUGGGCUAGUUCAAGCUUGGCAGUGGCGACAAAGAACGUCUGUCUAGACUAUUGAAGCUGAGUUCGAAUGGCACUGGAAAAAUCAAUCCACUGC